AUGAAGGUCGUCUCCCUGUUUUCAGGAUGCGGGGGCCUGGACUAUGGGCUGCACCAGGCCGGCCAUGAGAUCAUUCUGCAGUGCGAAAACGACCCGGGGGCGCAGCAGGUCCUCAAGACCGCCUUCCCAGGGACGCUGCUGGCCCCAGACAUCGUCGCCCUCUCCUCCCUGCCGCCGGAGACUGAGAUGCUGGCCGCCGGCUUCCCCUGCAUCGAUGUGUCGAGGGCCGGCCUCAGGCGCGGCCUCGACGGCCCGUCCACCGGACUGGUGCGCCACGUGUUCCGCCUGCUGGAGCGCGCCGCGGCAGACCACCGCCCCGUGCCCUGGGUGCUGCUGGAAAACGUGAGGGGGCGCCCUUACGCUUGA